UGCACCAAGUCACCUGUCCCCAUGGAGGGGAUGGAAGCCGGGCCGCCGGCCACCUUCGGCGCCUGGGACUACGGGGUGUUCGCGGCUAUGCUGCUGGUGUCCACGGGCAUCGGGCUGUGGGUCGGCCUGGCCCGCGGCGGCCAGCGCAGCGCCGACGACUUCUUCACCGGGGGUCGGCAGCUGGCGGCCGUGCCCGUGGGGCUGUCGCUGGCCGCCAGCUUCAUGUCGGCGGUGCAGGUGCUCGGGGUCCCCGCCGAGGCGGCGCGCUAUGGUCUCAAGUUCCUGUGGAUGUGCGCGGGCCAGCUGCUCAACUCGCUGCUCACCGCGCUGGUCUUUUUGCCGGUUUUCUACCGUCUGGGCCUCACCAGCACCUACCAGUAUCUAGAGCUUCGCUUCAGCCGAGUGGUGCGGCUCUGCGGAACGCUGCAGUACCUGGUGGCCACGAUGCUGUACACAGGCAUCGUGAUCUACGCACCCGCGCUCAUCCUGAACCAAGUGACCGGAUUGGAUAUCUGGGCGUCGCUACUGUCCACGGGAGUAAUCUGCACCUUGUACACGACCGUGGGCGGUAUGAAGGCCGUGGUCUGGACAGAUGUGUUCCAGGUCGUGGUGAUGCUCAGCGGCUUCUGGGUGAUCCUGGCCCGAGGCGCCAUGCUCAUGGGAGGCCCCUGGAAUGUGCUCAGUCUUGCCCAGAACCAUUCCCGGAUCAACCUGAUGGACUUUGACCCAGAUCCUCGGAGCCGCUACACCUUCUGGACUUUUGUAGUUGGUGGUACGCUGGUGUGGCUCUCCAUGUACGGUGUGAACCAAGCCCAGGUACAGCGCUAUGUGGCCUGCCGCUCGGAGAGUAAGGCCAAACUGGCCCUGCUUGUCAACCAGCUGGGCCUCUUUCUGAUCGUGGCCAGCGCGGCUUUCUGUGGCAUCGUCAUGUUCGCCUUCUACAGAGACUGCGACCCCCUCCUCACAGGACGCAUCUCCGCGCCGGAUCAGUACAUGCCGCUACUCGUGUUGGACAUUUUCGAGGACCUGCCCGGAGUCCCCGGACUCUUCCUGGCCUGUGCCUACAGUGGCACCCUCAGCACGGCAUCCACUAGUAUUAACGCCAUGGCCGCCGUCACGGUGGAAGACCUCAUCAAGCCGCGGAUGCCUGGCCUGGCACCUCGGAAGCUCGUUCUCAUCUCUAAAGGGCUCUCCCUCAUCUAUGGCUCAGCCUGCCUCACCGUGGCUGCUCUGUCCUCGCUGCUGGGAGGUGGUGUCCUCCAGGGCUCCUUCACGGUGAUGGGCGUCAUCAGUGGACCUCUACUAGGUGCCUUCACGCUGGGAAUGCUGCUGCCAGCCUGCAACACACCCGGCGUCCUGUCUGGACUGGCUGCAGGCUUGGCUGUAUCCCUGUGGGUGGCCUUGGGGGCUACACUGUAUCCACCCGGAGAGCAGAUCAUGGGCGUGCUGCCCACCUCGGCCGCCGGCUGCACCAAUGCAUCGCUCCUCAUGGGCCCACCCGGAGCUGCCAACACCUCCAGUGGGCUUCCCAGCUCCAGAGUAGAGGCAGACCGCCCCGCGCUCGCCACCACCUUCUAUGCCAUCUCCUAUCUCUAUUACGGGGCUCUGGGCACGCUGACCACCAUGCUGUGCGGAGUUCUCAUCAGCUAUCUGACAGGCCCCACCAAGCGCAGCUCCCUGGGCCCUGGCCUGCUGUGGUGGGACCUGGCUCGGCAGACCGCGUCCGUGGCCCCAAAGGAGGACACCGCCACUCUGGAGGACAGCCUGGUGAAGGGUCCGGAAGACAUCCCUGCUGUGACCAAAAAGCCCUCUGGCUUCCUGCCAGGCGACGAGGCCCACCUGCUGUCCCUGGGGCGCGAGACCAACCUCUGAGGGCGAGGCCCCUGAAGGCCAAUCGCGGGCCUCGGGUUAUCAGCCUCCUCUCUGAUUGGCUGGACGGGAGCGUACAGAAGCUUGGCUAGCACUGGCUCUGCUCCCUCCCGGGUCCCCUUUGCCCUCCCACGCGCAAAGAAGGAUGGUUCUCCAUCCACAAAGAAAACCGUCUGGAACCUUCUGGACCUUGUAUAGCUGCGGUCAGCGGCUGAGAAAGCCCAGCUGCUCCUGACAGGCUUGCCGGCUGAGCCACCCGGGCCCAUUUAACAGGCAAAGAAACUGAGGACUGUCACCCCAGCAGUGGGGAGGUUCAGAAAUUCAGGGUCAUCCUCGGCUACAUGGUGAGGCCAUUCUGGGCUACAGGAGACCCUGUCCCCAAACAAACAAAUAUAGGUGACCUGGGGAAAGGGCUUCCCUAGCACCCAGUAGCCCAGGGUCCCAUUCCCACCACCAAGGAGUUUUUUAAAAUAGCGGAAGGGACAUAGACACAUGGAAAACCAAGGCAGGGGCGAGAGCAAGGGGUCUCUAGGACACAGAGCUCCAGGGUUGCGGGAGCUGCCGGGAGCUGCCAAGGGAUGGAUUCCCGGAGACACACGGACGUGGUAACACCUUGACUGCGGACUUAAGGUUUGCAGAACAAAACUAUCAGAGAGCGUGUUUGUUUUGUGCUAAUUCCUUCCCGCUUCACAAGGCCCUGUAAAUGCCAUCUCCCAUGCUUCCCACCUUCACCUCCAGGAGCGUGCUGAGCAAGCUACCACUGAACUGCACACCUACAUAGACCGCCAUUAUUUUUUUGACACAGUAAUUUGUCCAUGCUUCUGUGUAUAUCAAUAUUUCACUUUUAUUCAGUGCCAACUAGUAUUCCAUUGUACGGACAUACCACAGUGUGUCAGCUGGCUAGCUUCGUUCCAGCCUCGUCUAAAACAA